AUCAACCAGCCCCAAAUACACACAGAAAGGCUUAAUACUACUUAAAAUGCUGGGUCAAUAGCUCAGGCUUAUCACUACCUAGCUCUUACAUUUUGAAUUAACCCAUGUCCUUAUCUAUGCUCUGCCACGUGGCGGUACCUUCUUUAGCAUGGCGCCUUCCUCUACAUCUGCUGGCGCUCCUCUAACUCCAGCUCUCCCCAUCCCAUCAUUAUCAGUUUGGCUUUCCCAGCUAACUGUGUCCUGUUUAGCUGUUGACCAGUCAGCUUGCUUAAUAAACAAUCACAGUGACUUAUAUUCACACAGUGUAAAGGAAUAUUCCACAGCAAUAAGCUUUGUAAUCUUCAUGGAGGCACGCCUGCCCUGGGCUGGGGAUACACCAUCAGACCCAGCAACAACUUGUUGGGAGUUUAGCAUAAUCUCAGCUCCAGCCAAGGCCUCGAACCCCACUGUGUGUCGAGAUGUCUUUCUGGCUCUAAAGGAGAAGGCCUUGCAGCAAGCCAGUUCUGAUUCCCACUGCCCAGGGAGGCCCUGGGACCCCAUCUGCUCUGCUCGGCUGUAGAGGGAUGGCAGUCACCCAGUUAAACAGGCUGUAGGAACAACCGGGCACCGGGAACUUACCCAGCCAAGGCUGGGCUGUGGCUUAGAGGAACCCUAGAAGAGGGACAGGUGCUUUGUUCGGGUAGCUGGGGUAAGACUUCAGAGGGCUGCAAUAGUGAGACCUUACCAAAUAAACAAGGGGCCUCAGCUGGGUGUCAUGACUGACGCACACCAAGGAGACAGGGACAGCCAGGUCUACACAGAAAGCAUACCUCGAAAAACCAAGACAAACCAGCCUGGUCUACAAGAGCUAAUUCUAGGACAGCCUCCAAAGCCACAGAGAAACCCUGUCUCGAAGGAAAAAAGAAAAACCAAGACAAGAGAGAGAAUACAGGUUCUAUGAAAAAAGGUUAAAUGGGCUUUCAUGACUAGAAAUUUCCACAUCAUUUUAAAAGAAUCAAAAUUGGGGCUGGAGAGAUGGUUCAGCAGUUAAGAGCACUCACUGUUCUUCCAGAGGUCCUGAGUUCAAUUCCCGGCAACCACAUGCUGGCUCACAACCACCUUGAAUGAGAUCUGGUGCCCUCUGCUGGCAUGCAGAAGAUUGUAUACAAAUAAAUAAAUUUUAAAAAAAAGAAUAAAAAUUACACAUUUCCCAGAGAAGGGAAGAUACCCUGCUCCAGAAAAAACAAAAGACAAAAAAACAAACAAACAAACAAAAAAACACCGGGGGCCGGGUGAGGAGCGUUUACCAAGUGUACCAAGCUCCUUAAUGGACGACCCUCACUUGCUGUCUCGUUUACUGGCUAUGAAAACACCUCCAGCAAUGACAUCUCAGAGAUGGCCCUAGGUCCAGUGAGGUUCCAAGUUUCGGUCCCUUGAAGCAAAGGCCAGAUCGUCAGGGGGAGCUGCGAGCGAGCACCAGGAGCUAGAGAAGGAGCAUGGAAAUGCCAGGGUGGACCCAUGGGAGCAGCACCCCGCUCCCAGCGCGUCAGAAGGCGGGCAAGGGUGACUUGGAUGCCUGCCAAGGAACGUUCUGGGCCGCUGGAAGGCAGCGCCUGUGGUGUUUGGCACGCUGUCUUCCUGGGCUGUCCUUCGCCCUUCCGCAGCAGUCGCCCCGGUGCCUUCAAGAGGUCUGCGCCCUUUGGCCUCACUUCCGCCAUGGCCGCUCAGCUGCUGGAGGAAGACCUGGUGACUUGCUCCAUCUGCCUGGGUCGCUACCGCGACCCGGUGACGCUGCCUUGCGGGCACAGCUUCUGCGGGGACUGCAUCCAGGAUUCGUGGCGCUGCUGCGAGAAGACAUGCCCCGAGUGUCGCCAGCCCUUCCCCGAGGGUGCCACGCUGCGCCGCAACGUGACGCUGAGCACCUUGCUGCAGGCGCUGCCUCGCGUGCUGCACGCGCAGCCCCCAGCCAUGCUGCCACCGGAGCCCAGAGCCGGCCACUGUCCGCGCCACGGGAGGCCGCUCGAGUUCUUCUGCCGCACCGAGGGCCUCUGCGUGUGCAGCGCUUGCACAGUGCACGAGUGUCGCCACCACGAGCGGGCGCUGCUGGAUGUGGAGCGCCGCGGGCGUGAGGACCAGCUGAAAGCUAGAGUGAUGGUUACCCGGCAACAGGUCACCGAGGCAGAGAGCCAGCUUCAGGAGCUGCAGCAGCGAAGCAGCCAGAUUGAGAGUUCAGCCUCCACCCUGGCCUCGGUGGUGGCCAGCAGAUUCAGCAGCCUGCUCCAGGCACUGGAGAAGCGGAAGGCCUUGACACUGAGGAACAUAGAGGCAGCCAAGGAGCAGGCGCUGGGCCAGGUUCUGGAUGAGACACGGCGGCUAACCAGCCACCUGGAAGCCUUGUCUCAGUAUGACCGCAGCGUCCAGGGCCUCCUGGGGCAACGGGAUGACUGCAUCUUCUUCCAGGGGUUACAGCAGCUCUCUGAGCCUGCAGAGCCUCCUGGACCACUGACUGCUCCGCAGUGGGACGAAGAGCAGCAGCUGAGCAACGCCAAUGAGUCGCUUAGUCCGCUGUGGGAGCUGCUCCUCGGAGACAGACCCUCCAGGGAGGCCGGCAAACCUGCCCGGGCUGGCCCUGCGGAGGCCUUGGGCCCCCCGCCACCAGUCCCCAGCGCAAUGUGUCCACUGAGGAAGAAGCUCUGGCAGAAUUAUCGCAAUCUGACCUUUGACCCGGACACUGCAAACCAGUACUUGUACUUGUCCCACAAGGACCAGCAGGUGACACACGGUUUCCAGGCCCAGAGCCCGGCCAGGCCAGGCAGCUUCGAGCCGUGGCAGGUGCAAUGCACGCAGAGUUUUCAGACUGGGCAACACUACUGGGAGGUGCGUGCCUCCGAUCACUCCGUGACGUUGGGCGUCACCUACCCAAAACUAUCACGCCGGAAGGUGGGGAACCACACGGACAACAUCGGCCGCGGACCUCACUCCUGGGGCCUCUGCAUCCAGGAGGACAGUGCCCAGGCCUGGCACAAUGGCAGGGUGGAGCGCCUGCGUGGGGCGCCUGGCCGUCUCCUGGGCGUAGAUUUGAACUUUACCUCUGGCUGCCUGGACUUCUACAGCCUAGAGCCACAGACAGAGCGACUGCACACCUUCCAUGCGGUGUUCAGCCAGCCUCUCUUCCCCGUCUUCUGGCUGCUUGAGGGGAGGACCCUCACUCUCUGCCAUCAGCCCGAGGCCGAGCUCCCUCCGGAGCCCAGGGAAGACGGCUCAGCACUCAGCUGACGGAGGCGCAGACAGCCACCAUGCCCGUGUGCCCAAGAGUGGCUCGCCUCUGGCACGGAGACUGAAGGCCACCAUUCUAAAAGGAAAGGCUUCUGGCCUCUCUGUUGGCUCAGAGGACACAGAUGGAAGGGGACCAUCUGAGUCAAAGCUUACCUUUUACUCUCUUUGAAGGGGAAGCCCCAGCCCCCCAAAAAAAGCCAAGUUCUGGGCAUCGCCUAGA